CGGGGCCGAGCGCGUCUGAGACAUUCUCAUCCGGGCAUUCCCCAGAUGCCGCAGCCGCCAUCUUUGUUUUGUGCUGAAAGUCGCCUUUGACGCCCGCGGACGGCCGGGCGAAAGGAAGUGGCAAGAUGGCGGCUCCCAGGGCGGAGGCGUGGAGGAACGUUGAGGGGGGCCGCGGGGCCGGGCGCGCUUGCGCCUGACCCGAGCGCAGUCUGAGCCCGAGCCGAGCGCGCCACAGCCCCGAACGUUCGCUUCGAGGCAGCGCGUGGGCGCCUUUAAGAGGGUUCGAGCCAGAAUCGAAGCCUAGCUACGGCGGGAGGGGGCAAUAGUGACGUAGCUGGACUCCGCCCACUCGCCCGACCGUCGCCGCCGCCAUGUUUAGUUGUUACUUCUUUACACAAGAUGGCGGCUCCCAGGGAGGAGGCAUGAGCGCCCUGCCGUUACCGGUUCUCCUGCCGUACAGUUGCCACUUCGGGGCCUAACUCUGGCUCUUUGAAGCGGCUCCUGUGGGAAGGAGUCAUAAGGAGGGAAGCGAGGAUCGGACGCUGCCUUGCGUUUGGUUUGCAGUAGAAGAACCGACCCAGGAGGAAGAGAAUAGGGGGGUAGCGGGAGCUAGUCUCAAGAUGGCGGCUCCCAGGGCGGCAGGCACUGCCUGAGGAGUAGAGGCGGACUAAGGGGAGAGGUUUGAGACCUCACAAGCCGUACGGCGCAAGCCUCCGAACAGCCCCUGACAAUUCGAACUCGUUCCACUGGCCUCCGGCGCGCCUCUAUUCCUUACAAGUGUCGAGGCCGUUUCGGGAGCGGCGGCUGCACUUAAGCGCUGGGCGGGGAAGAGGGACGGUCUCAAGAUGGCGGCUCCCACAAUUGUGGUCUGAGCGCCGGCGGGGCUGGGACAACCGCCGCGCUUGUGGCUCCUUUCCACCCGCCCCGGAAGCCGGCCAGUGCAGGGGACUUGGGGGGUGUGGGAACCGGGCCGGGGCUCCGCCAUUUCCGGCGGGGGAGGGCUACGACUGAGGAAGGGAGGAGAGAGAGGCGGCUCAAGAUGGCGGCUCCCAGGGCCUCCCGCUCUAGCUCGUAAGCAGGAGCAUCCGGGCAAGUAGUCAGAGCGGCAGGACUCGACGGCCUCCAGCCUCUCAGGCUCAGGCGCUCGACAGUUUCAGGCGACUCUUGAGGAGACAGGGUGAACGAGAAGAGGGGGAAGAACCGAAGGGAAGGAGGAUAAUUAAGAUGGCGGCCUCCAUGGAGCCGUGCACCGCUGUGUGAGAACCCGCUUCUGCGUGAGAGCUGCCUUAGACGAAAGGGGGUGUGUGAGAGCUGUUGAAGGGCUCCAUUCCCGCUUGGUGACUUUUUCCCACUGCGCCCUUUCCCGGAACUAUGGCUUCGGCCGUGUCGCCCGCCAACUCGCCAGCGGUGCUCCUGCAGCCCCGCUGGAAGCGAGUGGUGGGCUGGUCGGGUCCAGUACCCCGACCCCGCCACGGCCACCGCGCCGUGGCCAUCAAGGAGCUCAUCGUGGUGUUUGGUGGAGGCAACGAGGGGAUAGUGGACGAACUGCACGUGUACAACACCGCGACCAACCAAUGGUUCAUCCCAGCCGUGAGAGGGGACAUACCCCCUGGGUGUGCAGCCUAUGGCUUCGUGUGCGACGGGACUCGCCUGCUGGUGUUUGGUGGAAUGGUAGAGUAUGGGAAAUACAGCAACGACCUCUACGAGCUCCAGGCAAGCCGGUGGGAGUGGAAGAGACUCAAAGCAAAGACACCCAAAAACGGGCCCCCUCCAUGUCCUCGGCUCGGGCACAGCUUCUCCCUUGUGGGCAACAAAUGCUACCUGUUUGGGGGUCUGGCCAACGAUAGCGAGGACCCCAAGAACAACAUUCCGAGGUACCUAAAUGACUUAUAUAUCCUGGAACUGCGGCCAGGCUCCGGAGUGGUAGCCUGGGACAUCCCCAUCACUUAUGGCGUCCUGCCCCCACCCCGGGAGUCACAUACCGCCGUGGUCUACACUGAGAAGGACAACAAGAAAUCCAAGCUGGUGAUCUACGGAGGGAUGAGUGGCUGCCGGCUGGGGGACCUCUGGACCCUGGAUAUUGAGACUCUCACGUGGAACAAGCCCAGCCUCAGCGGGGUGGCGCCUCUUCCACGAAGUCUCCACUCGGCCACGACCAUAGGCAACAAAAUGUACGUGUUUGGUGGCUGGGUGCCUCUCGUCAUGGAUGACGUCAAAGUGGCCACACACGAGAAGGAGUGGAAGUGUACCAACACACUGGCUUGUCUCAACCUGGAUACCAUGGCCUGGGAGACCAUCCUGAUGGAUACACUGGAGGACAACAUUCCUCGGGCCCGAGCCGGCCACUGUGCUGUAGCGAUCAACACCCGCCUGUACAUUUGGAGUGGGCGUGAUGGCUACCGGAAGGCCUGGAACAACCAGGUGUGCUGCAAGGAUCUCUGGUACCUGGAAACAGAAAAGCCGCCACCCCCGGCCCGGGUGCAACUGGUACGAGCGAACACCAAUUCCCUGGAGGUGAGCUGGGGGGCAGUGGCAACUGCCGACAGUUACCUCCUGCAGCUCCAGAAAUACGACAUUCCUGCCACGGCUGCCACUGCCACCUCCCCCACACCCAAUCCGGUCCCAUCUGUGCCUGCCAACCCUCCCAAGAGCCCUGCCCCAGCGGCAGCCGCACCUGCUGUGCAGCCACUGACCCAAGUAGGCAUCACGUUGCUGCCCCAGGCUGCUGCUGUACCCCCGACCACCACCACCAUCCAGGUAUUACCGCCCGUGCCUGGCAGCUCGAUUUCAGUGCCCACCGCAACCAGGACUCAAGCUGUCCCUGCCGUUCUCAAAGUGACCGGUCCUCAGGCUACAACAGGAACCCCGUUAGUCACCAUGCGACCUUCCAGCCAGGCGGGGAAAGCCCCUGUCACCGUGACGUCCCUUCCUGCAGGCGUGAGAAUGGUUGUGCCCACACAGAGCGCUCAGGGGACGGUGAUCGGCAGUAACCCCCAGAUGAGUGGCAUGGCUGCGCUCGCAGCCGCAGCCGCUGCCACCCAGAAGAUCCCUCCUUCCUCAGCACCCACGGUGCUGAGCGUCCCGGCGGGCACCACCAUUGUCAAAACUGUUGCCGUGACACCUGGCACUACCACCCUCCCGGCCACUGUGAAGGUGGCCUCCUCGCCAGUCAUGGUAAGCNNNNCAGCCACGCGCAUGCUGAAGACUGCAGCCGCCCAGGUGGGGACGUCCGUCUCCUCUGCUGCCAACACAUCCACUCGUCCCAUCAUCACAGUGCACAAGUCAGGGACUGUGACUGUGGCCCAGCAAGCCCAGGUGGUGACCACAGUGGUGGGCGGAGUCACCAAGACGAUCACCCUGGUGAAGAGCCCCAUCUCUGUCCCAGGAGGCAGUGCCCUGAUUUCCAAUCUGGGCAAGGUGAUGUCGGUGGUCCAGACCAAACCAGUUCAGACUUCAGCAGUCACAGGCCAGGCAUCUACAGGCCCUGUGACUCAGAUCAUCCAGACCAAAGGACCCCUGCCCGCCGGGACCAUCCUGAAGCUGGUGACCUCGGCAGAUGGCAAGCCCACAACUAUCAUCACUACCACGCAGGCCAGUGGAGCUGGGACUAAGCCCACCAUCUUGGGCAUCAGCAGCGUGUCCCCCAGCACCACCAAGCCUGGCACGACCACCAUCAUCAAGACCAUCCCCAUGUCAGCCAUCAUCACGCAGGCGGGUGCCACAGGUGUGACCAGCACUCCUGGCAUCAAGUCCCCUAUCACCAUUAUCACCACCAAGGUUAUGACUUCGGGAACUGGAGCACCUGCGAAAAUCAUCACUGCUGUCCCCAAAAUUGCCACUGGCCACGGGCAGCAAGGCGUAACCCAGGUGGUGCUGAAGGGAGCCCCUGGACAGCCAGGCACCAUCCUCCGCACCGUGCCCAUGGGAGGCGUCCGCCUGGUCACCCCCGUCACCGUCUCUGCCGUCAAACCGGCCGUCACCACGUUGGUUGUGAAGGGCACCACAGGUGUCACAACCCUGGGCACCGUCACGGGCACCGUCUCCACUAGCCUCGCCGGAGCUGGAGGCCACAGUACCAGUGCCUCCCUGGCCACGCCCAUCACCACGUUGGGCACCAUUGCCACCCUCUCAAGCCAGGUGAUCAACCCCACUGCCAUCACCGUGUCAGCCGCGCAGACCACGCUGACAGCGGCCAGUGGUCUCUCCACCCCCACCAUCACCAUGCAGCCUGUCUCUCAGCCUACCCAGGUGACCCUGAUCACGGCGCCCAGCGGGGUCGAGGCCCAGCCUGUGCACGACCUCCCAGUGUCCAUUCUGGCCUCACCUACUACAGAACAGCCCACAGCCACCGUCACCAUUGCGGACUCGGGCCAGGGUGACGUGCAGCCCGGCACCGUGACGCUGGUGUGCUCCAACCCGCCCUGCGAGACCCACGAGACAGGCACCACUAACACACCCACCACCACUGUCGUGGCUAACCUCGGAGGGCACCCACAGCCAACCCAAGUGCAGUUCGUCUGUGACAGGCAGGAGGCAGCCGCUUCUCUCGUGACUUCGACAGUGAGCCAGCAGAAUGGCAGCGUGGUUCGCGUCUGCUCCAACCCACCAUGUGAGACCCAUGAGACAGGUACCACCAACACGGCCACCACUGCCACCUCCAACAUGGCUGGGCAGCACGGCUGCUCCAAUCCACCCUGCGAAACCCACGAGACGGGCACCACUAGCACCGCGUCCACCGCCAUGUCGAGCAUUGGUGCCGGCCAGCAGCAAGACGCCCGGCGCGCCUGUACAGCCACCACGGCUCCUGCCGUGGUCCGGGUCAGUAUGGCUGCGGGGGCACUGGAGGGAGUCCUGAGUUCUUUCAAGCCCUCAUGCCAAACCCGCCAGACCAGCGCAACCAGCACCACCAUGACUGUGAUGGCCACCGGGGCCCCGUGCUCAGCCAGCCCGCUCUUUGGGCCUAGCCUGGCACUGGAGGCUGGGGGCCGCAGCACCACUUUUGUGCAGUUGGCCCCUGCAAGUGGCCAAGUCAGGCCCAGUGGCCCCAGUGGCAAGGACAGCCCUGUAGCCAGCCUGGGUCAGCUGAUGUCCCUGGGGCGCCAGCUAGAGGCACAUCACACCCAUACAACCAACACCCCCACCACAGCCCGCUCCACCAUGGGUGCUGGGGAGCUCGGCCCGGUGCGGGGGAUCCCCAUACAUGUGUACGAGAGCGCACCCGGCACCGCUGUGACUGUGACAGCCCUGGAGGCGCUGUUGUGCUCCUCAGCCACCGUGACCCAAGUCUGCUCCAAUCCACCGUGUGAGACCCACGAGACGGGCACCACCAACACAGCCACUACCUCGAAUGCAGGCAGCGCCCAGCGGGUCUGCUCCAACCCACCCUGCGAGACCCACGAGACGGGCACUACCCACACACCCACCACCGCCACUUCCGGCGGGGGUGCAGGCCAGCCCGAGGGUGGGCAGCAGCCCCCUGCCGGCCGGCCCUGCGAGACGCACCAGACCACUUCCACUGGUACCACCAUGUCGGUUAGCAUGGGCACCCUGCUCCCCGACACUACCCCCUCCCAUAGGACCCCGGAGUCCAGCUUGGAGGGGGCAGCACUGCCCACCGUCGCUUCCCAGGCCGGCACUUCAUUGCUGGCUCCUUUUCCGACACAGAGGGUGUGCUCCAACCCCCCCUGUGAGACGCACGAGACGGGCACCACGCACACGGCCACUACUGUCACCUCCAACAUGAGCUCAAACCAAGAUCCUCCUCCGGCUGCCAGUGACCAGGGAGAGGUGGAGAGCACCCAGGGCGACAGUGUGAACAUCACCAGCUCCAGUGCUGUCACAACAACCGUGUCUUCCACGCUGACACGGGCUGUGACUACUGUGACACAGUCUACACCGGUCCCAGGCCCCUCCGUGCCGCCCCCAGAGGAACUCCAGGCCUCGCCAGGGCCUCGCCAGCAGCUGCCCCCACGGCAACUCCUGCAGCCCAGCUCCACAGCCCUGAUGGGGGAGUCCGCUGAGGUCCUGUCAGCCUCCCAGGCCGCCGUGGAUCUGAGCAGUACAGGGGAUCCAUCUUCAGGCCAGGAGUCUGCCAGCUCAGCUGUGGUGGCCACCGUAGUGGUCCAGCCACCCCCGCCCACACAGUCUGAAGUAGACCAGUUGGCACUUCCCCAAGAGCUGAUGGCCGAGGCCCAGGCGGGCACGACCACCCUCAUGGUGACAGGGCUCACCCCUGAGGAGCUGGCAGUGACUGCUGCUGCCGAAGCGGCUGCCCAGGCUGCAGCCACAGAGGAGGCCCAGGCCCUGGCCAUCCAGGCGGUGCUCCAGGCUGCGCAGCAGGCCGUCAUGGGCACUGGGGAACCCAUGGACACAUCCGACGCGGCGGCGGCCGUGACACAGGCAGAGCUGGGCCAUCUGUCGGCUGAGGGCCAGGAGGGGCAGGCCACCACCAUCCCCAUCGUGCUGACGCAGCAGGAGCUGGCCGCCCUGGUGCAGCAGCAGCAGCAGCUGCAGGAGGCACAGGCGCAACAGCAGCACCACCUCCCCACCGAGGCCCUGGCCCCUGCUGACAGCCUCAACGACCCGACGAUCGAGAGCAACUGCCUCAGCGAGCUUGCUGGGCCCGUCCCCAGCACCGUGGCCCUGCUGCCCUCCACAGCCACUGAGAGCCUGGCUCCUUCCAACACGUUUGUGGCCCCCCAGCCUGUUGUGGCAGCCAGUCCCGCAAAGCUGCAGGCCGCCGCUACCCUGACCGAGGUAGCCAAUGGCAUCGAGUCCCUGGGCGUGAAGCCAGACUUAGCACCCGCGCCCAGCAAAGCCCCUGUGAAGAAAGAGAACCAGUGGUUUGAUGUGGGUGUCAUUAAGGGCACCAAUGUAAUGGUGACACAUUAUUUCCUGCCACCAGAUGAUGCUGUCCCAUCUGAUGAUGACUCAGGCACCGUCCCGGACUACAACCAGCUGAAGAAACAGGAACUGCAGCCCGGCACGGCCUACAAGUUCCGUGUUGCUGGGAUCAAUGCCUGCGGCCGGGGGCCCUUCAGCGAGAUCUCAGCCUUUAAGACGUGUCUGCCCGGUUUCCCAGGGGCCCCCUGUGCCAUUAAGAUCAGCAAAAGUCCAGAUGGUGCUCACCUCACCUGGGAGCCGCCCUCUGUGACCUCUGGCAAGAUCAUUGAGUACUCGGUGUACCUGGCCAUCCAGAGCUCGCAGGCCAGCGGUGAGGCCAAGAGCUCGACCCCCGCCCAGCUGGCCUUCAUGCGGGUGUACUGCGGGCCCAGCCCCUCCUGCCUCGUGCAGUCCUCCAGCCUCUCCAAUGCCCACAUCGACUACACCACCAAGCCCGCCAUCAUCUUCCGCAUCGCUGCCCGAAACGAGAAGGGCUACGGCCCAGCCACCCAAGUGAGGUGGUUGCAAGAAACCAGUAAAGACAGCUCUGGCACCAAGCCGGCCAGCAAGCGGCCCAUGUCCUCUCCGGAAAUAAAAUCCGCUCCAAAGAAAUCUAAGGCAGAUGGUCAGUGAGAAGCAGCUGCCUUGCACCCGGAUUCCUCUCCAGACCCCCUCUGCUUCAGGAACAGCACCCGCCCAUCCCACCCACCCGGCACUCACACUUCACCCUCCCGAGCUACUGGCCACCCUUCCUCCUCUCCCCUUUUCCCUGUCUUUUUAAAAUGAUCUCAAAGAAAGCACAUCUUAUCAUCGUUAUUGGGAGGGAGCGGAGGCAGGUCUGGAAGAGCAGAGAGGAGUGGGGGCGGCAGGCCUCCUCCUCCCCCGCGCCUUCUACUGGGGGCCGAGCGAGGCCCUGAGUCCCGAAGCUCUGAGAAAAACUUCGCGACGUGCGGAAGGAAGCCGGGGAGCCUUGCGCCUCCACAGCGCGCCUCUUGCUGGUUAUCACCCCUGGCGGCACGAGGGGGCAGCCGGGGGCCAUGCAGGGGACACGGAAGCCCGGGAAAGGCACCCCUCAGUCCCCCUCUCCCUGCCUCUGCUCUGAGAGGCAAAAGGCUUCGCGGGGCACCCCGUGCUUGGGUGUCUGUCUGGUUGUUUUUUUGGUUCUCUUUGCAUUUUCUGCCACCUGACAGCCCGCCUUCAGCUCAUCCACCCCGUCUCUGCCCGCGCCCCCACGGGAAGCUUACACAUUUUCUCAGAGGCCUUCGUAUCUACCCCACCUCUUCUCUCCUCCCCUCCUCUUUCCCAUUUAAAACGAGAAGAAAGAAAAAGAAGGGGCCCUGCGGCGGCCUGAGCAGUGUUCUGUGAAAACCUCCCGACAACCAUGGGGUGUAGAGUAGCCCCCACCGAGCCUGGCUUUGGCCCCCUGGGUCGGGGCGAGGGGCCACAUCACCAACUGCUGCAUUUGUUGUAUUUUUUUUAAGUUGAAGUUGAUGAAGUUAACAUUUUUAUUGUAAUUUUAGCCUUAGCGUGUUGGGGUUUUGUCCCUUUUUGUUGUUAGCUGUGUACAGAAUGUGUAUCUUUUUAUUUUUCUUUUUUUCUUUUUUUUUUUUUUUUAACUUUUCUCUCCUUGGCUAAGCCUUGGCAGGGAUCUCUCUGGAGAAGAAGCUGGGGCAGGACAGGCGUGGAAUGUCCCCCUGCAGGCCCGGUGUUUGCUGCCCAGCCCAAGUUCCUCUUGCUGGUCCCUGCCCUCUACCCUUUUGCCUGUCCCCAGGCCUCGGACAGAGGGGUGAGCCGUCAGACCUCACUCCCCACGGGCAAUUGCUCCACGCCGCAGGAUCGAUCUGGGGUCUGCAGGAGCCUCAAGUCAGGUGUCCGAGGAGGACAGUUCAGAGGAGGUGGAGGCCAAGGCCCAGGGACCUCCAGGUCCUGCGUUCACAGUACUCUCCACUCCCCAGGUGCCGUCCUUGGCGUAGCUUAGAAUCUCAGACACCCUCAACCGCUGCUUCCUGCAGCCACCCCAUUCCAAACAGUUGUAAGAAAAGGGCCGGGGUGGAGGAAUGAAGGGGAACGCGGGCUUGGGGGCAGUCAGGGAGGGUGUGGCUUCACCCAGAAGGGGUCCUUGGGAAGGACCUGCAAACAGCACUAGCCACCAGGUCUAUAAGUUUGCGGCACUGUCCCCAGGUCGUGCGGUUCUCCUAGGGUCGGGCUUGGGCUUGGGGCUCUGGAGUGGCUAGUUGGCCAGCCUUCCGCCCCACGCCCAAGAUUUAGGCGAGGGGCGAGGCUUGCAAGCAGGUCACAGGAUUUAAGAAGAGCAGCCCAUCUUUUCAGAGCCCCCAUCUUUGCCCUGGAGACACAGCUACAGCUGGGGGGCCUCCUAGCAUUUGCAGACCCUCCCUCCCACCAACUGGCUCCCUCUGGGGCCUCUGAUUUGUUGUAUUAUAGUAUAUUUCGCUGUGGAAAAUGUCACGUUUAGUCACCUUGGAGCCCACUCGCCUGGUCCCAUCGUUGCCCCGUCCCUUGUCCCAAGCGCCCUUUGAUUUCUCUCGUUUCUGAGAACAGUACACCCGUUCAUCUAUUGUAGAGUAACCCCGUGACUCAAUAUUACCAUAGUGCGAUGUCGUUUUGUGCUAUUUUGAACAAUUAAAAGACUUUUUUUGAAGUAA